CAGAACUCUUAGUUCUGGUGGGAAAGAGUGACUCGAUUUUAUUAAUUGAUUGUUUGGGAGGGGCAGGCACGAGGAAGGCUGCUAUACUGGGAUUUAGGCCGCUGAGUGCGAUAUUUGGACCUCGGCUCUCUACCUCUAGGCAACAACAAUCGCCCACAUUGGCCUCAACAGCAAACGCGACUACGACGACGAGAACAACAAUAACAUCUUACAACGAGACAUUGCAAAUCAGCAUGUCGCGCAACGAGCAAAGCAAAAAUCAGAGCGCGUUCUUUUUUCUUUCCGCGUUACGGUAAUUACUCGAGCGUGUCUUCCGGUUCACACAAAGUUACUGUGUACACCAUCAAGAUGCCUCGCAAGACUCUGGGAACCCCGGAGAAACACCGCGUUUCUUCAGAAAGUCCUCGCAGUCCUUCCUUCAUGCGCAGUCUACGGAAUGCCGGCUCUCCGUCAACAUCGCCGUCAAGAAACGCUACUCGUAGUCCACGAUCGGGCAGCUUGGCCCAAGCCAUAGCUCCGCCGGCGCGAGCAGCACUUUCUCCUUCUCCUUCUCCCGAUGCCCCCGGUAGUAGCACAAGCACGCCGCGCGGGACUAGAUUCAUGGUUACGGAGGGAGGUACCACUACGGAUACAAACACAACUACAGCUACAACAGACCCCUCCAGCUCCAGUUCAAGCAUGAGAACCUCGCCCUCACCUAUACCCGCACCAAGAUCAACAACACCCACACCCACAACAACCGAAGACCUCCUCAAGCAAAAAGACGACCGCAUAGCCCACCUCGAGCUCUCGUACCAACGGACCCUCGACGCUCUCACCAACGCCUCCUCCUCGCUCUCCUCCUUCUCCUCGCUGACAUCCACCACCGCCCACGAGCUACGCCUUCUACGGCUGGAAGCCGACGCCCUCCGCGCCGAGCGCGACGAGCUCCGCUCUGACUGGAACGCCGCCCAGCAGAGCUUGCGCGAGCGCGAGGACGAGAUCCGCGACCUGCGACGGCAGAUGCGCGGGCUGAAGGAGUGGGUGAGCAAUAGCACGCGGGCGGAAGCGACGGGGGCGGCGCAGCAGGUUAGUGAUGAGGUGCUUGGGGCCGCCAUGGCGAAGCUUGGAAAUGAGUUGCAAAAUUGGGUCUUGGUGAAUUUCAGGAGGGCCAAGGUCAAGACUGAAGGGUUGGAGGGGGGGCGGAUGGAGGAGUUGGAGAAGGUGGUGCCCAUGUUUGAGGAGAUAUUAGGGAUGGGUGGCAAGAUACACUUGAUACAGAGUGUGGUGUCGAGGUUGUUGGUAGAGAUGGUAUUUCGGGCUUAUUUUGUUGGGUUGACCGGAGAGCAGGAGCGAGUGGUUAGGGAGGCAGAGGGGAUGCUUGGGGCUAUCGUGUCAACACCCGAGUCUAUCAACCAGUGGCGCGCCUUGACUCUUUCCAUCCUGAAACGGGAAGCCGACCAGAAGCUACAAGCCGAGACAGCCGCCAUUAUCGACGCCUUCGUCAACAAAACCAAUAAUCUACUAGAUGACAUCACGCAAGUCGAUACCAAAGCUAUUGAGGCACGGAAUCAGGGGCUGAGACAUCUUGUCAACGGUGCGAUCGACAUGUCACGGCUUCUCGUCGUCCAGAAAGCCAUAUUCAAGGUCAACAUGCCUGAAAUCCUGCCACAUCAACGAGUGCUUUUCGAUGCAGCCACGAUGGAAGACAUCGGUGGCGAAGACGAGGAGAGCUUGUCGGAUAGGGAAAUCUGCUGCGUCACGUUUCCAGGAAUCAUCAAACAGGGCGACGAAAGCGGUGGGCAGCUCCAAUGGACCAAUGUCAUCGCCAAAGCCAGGGUGCUUUGCAGUCCGGAAGAGUGAAGCAAUGCUGGAACGACCGAUUCGAUAAUUUCAAGCGAUUUUCUUGUCUGCCGCUUCGUGGUUGACGAGCUUGCGGUCCCAGAUGAAACGAGCUAAAGUUCGCGAGCGAAUCCGGCAUCAAGAUCAACAGAUUAACAACUCCUGCUCGGUGCGAUUACUGGC